CCUUCGUCUUCAUCAUCUUCUCCUCCUUUAAAAAUGCCUGACAAUUGCCCUACCCCAGAAACUGACCCCGUGAAAUGCUCAAAUGAAACGGGUGAGUCCUCGCAAGUCAUCUGCGAAAUCUGUGCAGAAACUAAAGAGGCUUCCCAGAUGUUCAGAAAUCAGAGAUGUCACCACUCGUUUUGUUCUGAUUGUGUCACUAAACAAGUGGCCAUAAAAAUUCAGGAUGGUAUAACGGUAGUUUCCUGUCCUGGUUUGGAUUGUAAAAGUGUUCUUGAGCUUGAUGCUUGUCGGCCAUGGAUUCCCAAGGACUUGCUUGAAAGGUGGGAUCAGGCUUUGUGCGAAGCUCUGUUUCUGGCAGCCCCUAAAUAUUACUGUCCCUUUAAGGAUUGCUCAGCUAUGUUGCUCAUUGAGAAUGAAGAACGAGAAGAUCAUCAAGCUAUAAGGGAAGCAGAGUGCCCUGUUUGCCACAGACUGUUCUGCGCAAAGUGUGAUGUUCCAUGGCAUCCUGGAGUUAACUGUGAGGAAUUUCAGGGAAUGGAUGAGAAUGAGAGAAAGAGAGAAGAUCUGAUUGUGAUAGAGCUUGCUAAAGAGCAGAAAUGGAAAAGGUGUCCCAAUUGUAGGUUCUUUGUGGAGAAGACAGAAGGAUGCGUGCACAUCGUUUGUAGGUGUCAUUAUGAGUUUUGCUAUAGGUGUGGAGGACAAUGGACUUCUACUCAUGGAGACUGCGAACCAAAUUAGAUUAUAUAAUGCCAUAUUUCAAGAUGAGCAUUUAACACUAUCACUUGUCACCAGUCAUUUAUUAUCAGAUUGUGGUUUGUAAUUGCAGCUAAGAAAAGGAAAGGCUUGAU